AUGACAUCUUUUGUAGACAAUCAGUCUCUGACAAACUAUCUGAUUAUCGACUAUGAUUCUGAAACUGAUUUUGAAGAUGACGACGAUUAUGAUGUUUUCAUGGUGAAUAACAUUUCUGGAGUUUCAACCGAGAAACCAAGAAAAGUUAGAAAAUGUAUGAAGAGAGGAUUCGUCUGCUGCUUCAAAACUAUAAAAUACACGUUUUUGUGUUGUCGUUGUGUAAUCGUCUGGAGAUGCUUAUGGCUAUUCGUGAUUCUUCUGAUUGGAAUGCUUGUUUUUGUCUGCUUUUAUUAUGACGAUGUUCGGAAAGUUGUUCAAUUCAUUUAUAUUGUCAUUGAUACAUCCAUUCAUCUCUAUAAAAGACUAGACGAUCAGAAUUAA